AUGGACGAAGCUUCUCCAGCUGUCGCUGUUCCAUUCAGACAGCCUCAACUAGAAUUCGCCGGAAUCAGAGGCUACUGCAACGGCCCGUUACCGGAAAGUUCUUGUUCCGGCGACGAAUCUAUGAAAGAUUCGUCCUUUGGGAACGAACGGAGACAGGAUUCGUCACCAUCGUCAUCGGCAGGUGUGCCGGAUAUCUCCGCCGGGGAAGAAAUCAGCAGCUCAGGCGAGUUUGAUCCGAGAUCGUCCGCUCACGCCGGAGAGAAGAAAGUACUCAGCAGAACAGAGAGUAGAAGUCUGUUCGAGUUCAAGAGUGUGCCUUUGUACGGAGUGACUUCGAUUUGUGGAAGACGACCGGAGAUGGAAGAUUCCGUCGCGACGAUUCCUAGAUUCCUUCAAGUCUCGUCGAAUUCGCUGCUCGAUGGUUGUCGUGUCGGUGGCGGAUUCAAUCCUCACUCCUCUGCUCACUUCUUCGGCGUUUACGACGGCCAUGGCGGUUCUCAGGUGGCGGAUUAUUGCCGGGAGAGGAUGCAUUUGGCUCUGACGGAGGAGAUAGUGAAGGAGAAGCCGGAGUUCUGCGACGGCGACACGUGGCAGGAGAAGUGGAAGAGAGCUCUGUUCAACACUUUUAUGAGAGUUGACUCGGAGAUCGAUUUUGUUCCGGAGACCGUGGGGUCCACUUCAGUGGUCGCCGUUGUGUUCCCGACGCACAUCUUCGUCGCCAAUUGCGGCGACUCGAGAGCCGUUCUCUGCCGCGGCAAAACGCCACUCACUCUAACCGUCGAUCACAAACCGGAUAGAGAAGAUGAAGCGGCGAGGAUAGAAGCGGCCGGAGGGAAAGUGAUUCAAUGGAACGGUGCUCGUGUUUUUGGUGUUCUCGCUAUGUCAAGAUCAAUUGGCGAUAGAUAUCUGAAACCGUCGGUGAUUCCGGAUCCGGAAGUGACAUCGGUCCGGCGAGUGAAAGAAGAUGACUGUCUCAUCUUAGCGAGCGACGGUCUUUGGGAUGUGAUGACGAACGAAGAAGUGUGCGAUUUGGCAAGGAAACGGAUUCUGUUGUGGCACAAGAAGAACGCGAUGGCCGGAGAUGCUUUGCUUCCGGCGGAGAAGAGAGGAGAAGGGAGAGAUCCGGCGGCAAUGUCGGCGGCGGAGUAUUUGUCGAAGAUGGCUUUGCAAAAAGGAAGCAAAGACAAUAUCAGUGUGGUGGUGGUUGAUUUGAAGGGAGUGAGGAAAUUCAAGAGCAAAUCCUUGAAUUGA